GGCGCCCCACUAGGGCGACGGCCCCUGCCCCGAGGGCUGGGAUCAUGAAAGGCCUCGGUGACAGCCGCCCCCGCCACCUCUCCGACAGCCUGGACCCACCACAUGAGCCCCUGUUUGCAGGGCCUGACCGCAACCCCUAUUUGCUAUCGCCCACGGAGGCCUUUGCCCGCGAGGCUCGCUUCCCUGGCCAGAACGCUUUGCCUGGGGAUGGUCUCUUCCCACUCAACAACCAGCUGCCGCCUCCAAGCAGCACCUUUCCCCGCAUCCACUAUAACUCCCACUUCGAGGUGCCGGAGGAGAGCCCCUUUCCCAGCCAUGCCCAGGCCACCAAGAUCAACCGGCUGCCCGCCAACCUCCUGGACCAGUUUGAGAAGCAGCUGCCCAUCCACCGCGAUGGCUUUAGUACGCUCCAGUUCCCCCGUGGUGAGGCCAAGGCCCGUGGUGAGAGUCCUGGCCGCAUCCGCCACCUGGUCCACUCAGUCCAGCGGCUCUUCUUCACCAAGGCACCCUCACUGGAGGGCACGGCAGGCAAGAUUGGUGGCAAUGGCAGCAAGAAAGGUGGCCUGGAGGACGGCAAGGGCCGGAGGGCCAAGAGCAAGGAGCGGGCCAAGGCUGGGGAGCCCAAAAGGCGUAGCCGCUCCAACAUCUCGGGCUGGUGGAGCUCUGAUGACAACUUGGACGGCGAGAGUGGCGCCUUCCGCAGCAGUGGCCCAGCCUCUGGGCUGAUGACGCUAGGGCGACAGGCGGAACGCAGCCAGCCACGCUACUUCAUGCACGCCUACAACACCAUCAGUGGGCACAUGCUCAAAGCAGCCAAAAACACCACCACCGAGCUGACUGCCCCACCACCCCCUCCUGCACCCCCAGCUGCCUGUCCCAGCCUCGGGGUGGGCACUGACACCAACUAUGUCAAGCGGGGCUCCUGGUCCACUCUGACCCUCAGCCACGCCCACGAGGUCUGCCAGAAGACCUCAGCCACCUUGGAUAAGAGCCUGCUAAAGUCCAAAUCCUGCCACCAGGGUCUAGCCUACCAUUACCUGCAGGUGCCCGGCGGCGGCGGCGAGUGGAGCACCGCGCUGCUGUCCCCGCGCGAGGCGGACUCCGCGGCCGAGGGCCCCAUACCCUGCAGGCGCAUGCGCAGCGGCAGCUACAUCAAGGCCAUGGGUGACGAGGACAGCGACGAGUCCGGCGGCAGCCCCAAGCCCUCACCCAAGACGGCAGCGCGGCGCCAGAGCUACCUGAGGGCCACGCAGCAGUCGCUGGGAGAGCAGAGCAACCCCCGCAGGAGUCUGGACCGCCUGGAUUCAGUGGACAUGCUGCUGCCCUCCAAGUGUCCGAGCUGGGAGGAGGACUACAAUCCCGUCAGCGACAGCCUCAACGACUCCAGCUGCAUCAGCCAGAUUUUUGGACAGGCCUCCCUGAUCCCCCAGUUGUUUGGCCAUGAGCAGCAGGUACGGGAGGCAGAUCUGAGCGACCAGUAUGAGGCAGCCUGCGAGUCGGCCUGCAGUGAAGCAGAGUCUGCAGCAGCGGAGGCACUGGACUUGCCGCUGCCCAGCUACUUUCGCUCCCGCAGCCACAGCUACCUGCGGGCCAUCCAGGCGGGCUGCUCGCAGGAGGAGGACAGUGUCUCCCUGCAGUCCCUCUCCCCCCCGCCCAGCACUGGCAGCCUCAGCAACAGUCGCACGCUUCCGAGUUCAUCAUGUCUAGUGGCUUAUAAGAAGACCCCACCACCGGUCCCUCCACGUACCACGUCAAAACCCUUCAUCUCUGUCACAGUCCAGAGCAGCACCGAGUCUGCCCAGGACACCUACCUGGACAGCCAGGACCACAAGAGUGAGGUGACAAGCCAGUCGGGCCUCAGCAACUCGUCAGACAGCCUGGACAGCAGUACCCGACCGCCCAGUGUGACACGGGGUGGAGUCAUCCCAGCCCCUGAGGCCCCGGAGCCACCCCCAAAACAUGCAGCUCUGAAGAGUGAACAAGGGACGCUGACCAGCUCUGAAUCCCACCCUGAGGCCAUCCCCAAAAGGAAACUGUCAUCUAUAGGAAUACAAGAGAGGACUAGAAGGAACGGUUCCCACCUCUCGGAGGACAACGGACCCAAAGCAAUCGAUGUGAUGGCACCCUCCUCAGAAAGCAGCGCCCCCUCUCACAGCAUGUCCUCCCGACGGGACACCGACUCAGAUACCCAGGAUGCCAACGACUCAAGCUGUAAGUCAUCUGAGAGGAGCCUCCCGGACUGUACCCCACACCCCAACUCCAUCAGCAUCGAUGCCGGCCCUCGGCAGGUCCCCAAGAUUGCCCAGAUCAAGCGCAACCUCUCCUAUGGAGACAACAGCGACCCUGCCCUAGAGGCAUCCUCGCUGCCCCCGCCUGACCCCUGGCUCGAGACCUCCUCCAGCUCCCCGGCAGAGCCAGCACAGCCAGGGGCGUGCCGCCGGGAUGGCUACUGGUUCUUGAAACUACUUCAGGCAGAAACAGAGCGGCUGGAGGGCUGGUGCUGCCAGAUGGACAAGGAGACCAAAGAGAACAACCUCUCUGAAGAAGUUUUAGGGAAAGUCCUCAGUGCUGUGGGCAGUGCCCAGCUACUGAUGUCCCAGAAAUUCCAGCAGUUCCGGGGCCUCUGUGAGCAAAACCUGAACCCUGAAGCCAACCCGCGUCCAACAGCCCAGGACCUGGCAGGGUUCUGGGACCUGCUACAGCUGUCCAUCGAGGACAUCAGCAUGAAGUUUGAUGAACUCUACCACCUCAAGGCCAACAGCUGGCAGCUGGUGGAAACCCCCGAGAAGAGGAAGGAAGAGAAGAAACCACCCCCUCCAGUCCCAAAGAAGCCAGCUAAAUCCAAGCCGGCAGUGAGCCGCGACAAGGCCUCCGAUGCCGGGGACAAGCAGCGUCAGGAGGCCCGCAAGAGACUCCUGGCGGCCAAGCGGGCGGCUUCUGUGCGGCAGAACUCAGCCACAGAGAGUGCGGACAGCAUCGAGAUUUACGUCCCUGAGGCCCAGACCCGACUCUGAGACCAGGAAGCGGGAAGCAAACAAUUUUAAGUCAUUAAAAAAACAAAAACAAAAAACAAACUAAAUGUGAAUGGAACACAAUUUUCUCAACCUUUAGGAUGGUUAUUCUGUCCAGAGACCCUGAGCCAACUUUCAAAUUGACACAUACAAGGGCUCACGAUUUGGCUUUUUUGGGUCCCUUCCAGCUUUAGGUUUAUGAAGACUUCAUACAAAAGAAAGUCAACAAAAAUACGAAACUAUAAAACGUUUUUCCCCCUCUUGCUGGCCGCGGUGGACUAGGUAGACGGACCUCGGCAACUCCCGGCCCAGCCUCCGGACUGCGGUCUUUUUACUUGUUCUAUCUAACGGGGACUCGCACUAGCUUGUUUACAAGACGAGGACAGUCCGAGGACAGCCUGGGGCCCCUGCCAUGUCCUUCCUUCUCCUCCAGCCACCCUGCUCUGACCUUGCAGUUUUCAUUCUUACGUUUUUCUCUUUUCCCUUCAGAGCCCACACAGGGGUCACCGUCCUAGCUGUCGGCUUGCUGGUUCUCAGCCCUGUUUGUGGUUGAGAGCCCAGAGGACAGAGGUGGAUAUGCACCCCUGCCCAAGUGCUCACACACACUCACGUGCACACGCAGGUACAGGCUCCCCACAGCAGAAGCAGCCAGCCCCAGGCAAGGGGACGGGGGUCCUCGCCUCUCCGAGAAGGGGAGGAGGGUUGAAGUCUUUGGGGAAAAAAUGAGAUAAAAGCCACAGUUAUCACACUCCAGACUCCCGCCUUUUUCUUCUCACCAACCCCCUCUUCCUUCAGUAAAAUGUUUGAUUCAGAGUGACUUGCAGGGGACGCUCGAGAGAGGAACCCCAUUUUCCAGGGGCUGUCUGUCCCUGGCCAAGCCUGUGUACAGUACCUGAGGGGCGGGCGGCUGCGUCUGUACGUAUGUGUACAUAUGCACAUAGACCUUAGAGUGUAUAUUUAACAAACGCCCCUCUGCUCACCCAUGCCCACCAGCGCCGCCGCUGGCUCUCGGGGCACCUGGCAGGAGGCGGGUGUGUGAAUAGCAUAUAUUUUUACAUGUACUAUAUCUAGGUGUGUGUACAAGUGUGUGUAAAAAUAUAUACCUUGUGUGUAAGCGGCCUUUUUUUGGUCUCCCACCUGCCCCCUGCCGUGGGCCCAUCUGCCCAGCCUCUUGAGUUUUCUGGGGUUUUGUUUUUUGUUUUUUUGUUUUUUUUACCCCAAUAUUCCUUCUCUCUCCCUGCCCCCCAGCCCCACUCCCAGGGUGUCAUGAGCCCUGAGCUGCAAUGGCCCGGGCCUGCAGGGUUGGGGGCAGGCAGGGCGAGGGGGAGGCCCAGCCCUCAGCGAGCUCAGUGCACGAGGAGGGCUGCUCUCUACCAUGGAGACAGAGCUGGCAUUAGAGACGUCCUCGUGUCUGGCACUUGCUGUAGGGGCCCCGGGUGAACUGAGGGCCUGCUCUGGGGCCCCAUUCCAGCUUGGCCGCCGUCUGUGACCUUGGGCAAGUCACUUGACCUCUGUGUGCCUCAACUUCCUCCUCUGUAAAAUGGGGACAGUCCCUGCCCCUCCCUACCUCACAGGCAUGUUGUGAGAAUAAAUGAGGUAACGUGUA